AACAGAACAAGACAGAUUUUUUGCUAUCAUCAUCAUUUCGUCGUUUCUUUAUAAAGAAAAAUAUUAAAAUUUUAACGAAAAAUCGAAAAAUUCAACAAAUAUUUAAGUGAAAUCUAUUGAAAAUCAAUGUGAACGUGUCUGUGUGUGAUUUGUAAACAAAAAUGUCUUGGUUAAAUAAUCUAAACCUGAAUACAAUUAAAGGUCAAUUGACCAACUUGGCAAAUGAAAUUUUGGAAGAAACUGCUGGUCCUGGUGACGAUGAGUAUCGGGGUGAUCGUCCAACAACUCCAAUUGACAACAAAACGGCCAUAGCCAUGUUGGCCGAUACCCAAAGGGAAAAAGAGGAACUGGAUAAAUUAUGUUCCGACAAAGAAAUGGAGAUUUUAGCACUACGUAAACAAAUUGAAACUCUAUUACAAAAUCAAAUUAGCGAUGCUGGGGGUGGUGGUAGAUCAAGUGGCAGUGUUGGUGGUAGUGGCGCUACGGGAGGCAGUGGACGUACCUCAAAAUCGCCAAUCGAUAAUGCAGCGGCAGGUGGUGGCGUCAGUGGGGCAUUGGAAGAUAGUUGGUGCUGGGAACCAGAUAAUGUCAAAACAACCGAUUCCGAAACCUCUUCCGGCAAUGGCAAUGAAAUUGUCAACAUCACAUUGGAGGAGAUACCCUUGGGUUCCUCUGCCAAGGGCCUGGGGAAAACGAAAAUUCAUCGUUUAGGCAGUGGCGGAAAUUCUGGAGAAUUGCAAAAACGCAUCCAUCAACUGGAGGAGGAAAAUAAACAAUUGAAUAAUUCUCUGGAAGAAUUAGAUACCCAACAUAAUCUGGAAAUGCAAAAUGUCUUAGAAUUGAAAACAGAAUUGCAGGAAAAACUCCAUAAGGUUUCCAAGGACUAUGAGAGCUUAAAGCAAAAACAUGAGGAAAAGUUUGUGCAAACUGAACUGGAAAUGGCAAAACUGAGAAAGUCUCAAGAGCAGGCAGAAACUGAAAAGCUUUCCAUUUCCCAGGAAAAUGCCACAUUAAAGCAAAAGCUUGAAGAAAGCUCGCUGGAAAUAAAACGGGUUUUUGUGGAAAUGUCGGAUUUGCAAAGUCUGUUGGAAAAGAAAACCUUGGAUAAUCAAGAGUUGAUACAACGUAUCAAAGAGGUGUCUGAAGAGGCCCAAACCGACAAGGAGGAGUUGCAGCAAAAGUUGGAUUUACUCACCCAAGAAAUUGAGCAAUUGAAGGUGACAAAAACCAAAAAGACCUCCGAAUCUUCAAACAGCAGUUCGAAUGGCAAACAAAGUGAAGAUGAGUUUAUUGUGGUCAGUGAAAAGGAUGCCAACUCCCCUUCGUCGGGAGGCACCCCACCCUCCAAGGAAGAGCUUAAAGAUCGUGUUGUGGCCUUGGAAAAUCGUGUUUCAGAAUUAACCCUGGAAAAUGGCAGCCUUUCUCUGAAGCUACAAGAUCGUGAAAUGGAAAAGGAAUUAUCCCUAAAGGUCCUCAAGGAUAAUCUCAAAACUUUGCAGCAGGAAAACGAUGAGCUCAAUGAAAAAUUACGCAUGGCCUUGAUUGAUCUUGAGGAUCAACAAUUUAAAAUUUCGGAUUUGAAAGAAAAAGCUUCAGAGGCCAUUAUUGCCCAAGAGCAACUUAAAGCUCUGAAUGAAGAGAAACUGAAAUUUGCUGCCGAAAUCAAGGAGAUGCGGGAGUACAUGAACAACUCCUUGGAGUUGGAGAAACGUCUCAUCCUGGCAGAGCAAGAAAAGGAAACUUUGCAAUUAGAAUUGCAAAGCUCUAAGGGUGCCGUGGAGAGGAUCAAUGCCAUGGAACAGAAAAUACAAAAUCUGACCUAUGAAAAUCAACAGCUUAAACUCAACGCUGAGGCUGAGACGGAAACGCUUAAUAAUAGUGCCGAGUUGGAGGAAAAGCUCAAGGAGCUCAGUGUUGAAAAUACCCAGCUCAAAACAGAGCUGCAAGAGAGAUCUGCUAACAGCAAAAAACAACAAUGCGUCACGGAUUUGGAUGAUGAGGAAGGCGAUGAUGAUGGUGUUAGCAGUACGAAUGACGAAAGCUUUUCAAUGGAUAAGCUUAAGAGCUUACUCAAGGCUUUCUCAACUUCCUCUACAGAUUUACAAAGUCUAAAUCUGGAAGAAUAUGAGAUAUUCUAUAAAAAUCUCAAGGAAAAACUGAGCAAAAUUGAUUCCCUACAACGCGACCUAAAUCACAUGUCCGCCGAGGUAAUGGAUUUGCAGGAUAGCAAAUUAAUGUGGGAUCAUGAAAAGAAAACCCUGGAGGCGGACAUCUCCCAAUACAUCCUGCAGUGCGACGAGCUAAUGAAAAACAACGAAAUACUCUUAAACGAAUUGGAAAACUACAAACGCAACAAACUCGAAACGAUCCACGAAAAUAACGAGGAAAAUGUCAUGCAGCUAGAGACUCAACUGGAUGAGUGUACCAAACUGAAUCGUACCCUAGAACAGGAAUACAUGGAGUUGAAUGAAAAAAUCGACGAGUUGGAAAAGGAAAAUCAAACACUCAAUGAGAAGCUGAGAGAGUCUCAGCGGCAGUAUGAAAGCCUAACCACAAGGGAAAAGGAUCUAAAUCUCCAGGUGGAGACCUUGGAAUUGGAGAAGUCUAAUUUAUUGCUGAAAUUCAAUGAAUUCGAUUCUAAGGCUCAUGAAAACGAGGAGGAGAGUAAAAAGCUCCAAGAAUUCCAAGCGAAAUGCAAUGACUUGGAACAACAGCUGUCGACAUUGGCCCGAGAUCAUGCCGAUCUGGUCAAUGCCAUGCAGAAGCAAAAGGAAAGUCUCCAAGAAAACAUACUUGCCAAGGAGGAGGCCGAGAAGCAGCUAAGGGCCCAGGAAAUUGCCAUGCAUACCAGAAUGGAAGUGGAGAAGGUCAGCCAACAAGAAUUACAAGAGAAAUUAAACAAAUCCUCAGCGGAGGCCGAGAAAUUCCAACAGGAACUAAUGGCAAAGAAUAUUGUUUGUGAAAGUCUACAACAAGAAAUUAAAGUUUUGCAAUCCUAUGUCCAGGGGGCAGAGACACUGGCCAAUGAAAAGGUUCAACUUGAGGAGCAGCUCAUGGAAAAACAACAACAAACCCAAGAGCUGCAAGAAGAACUCAAGAGCUUAAAGGAGAAACAGGACUCGAUGAUGAAAGAACUAGAAGUCCUUGAGAAAACCAAAGCAGCAGAAGAAACCUCAACAGAAAGCCUGGCAAAAAUUGCCGAGCUGGAGGCCAAACUUUUGGCCACGGCAGAUUUGCAAAAAUCCCUGGAAACUCUGCAAUUUGAAAAACAGGAAUUAAUCAAAGCUUUACAACAAAAACAUGCCGAAAAUAUGCAAUACUAUAUGGAGAUACAAAGAUUAACACCCUUGGUGGGUCAACCACAAACAGAAACAGCUGAACCAUCCGCCACGGCCUCUCCAGACACCGUGAAACCCUGUGAUAAAUGCCCACAAUUGGAAACAACAAUUACGGAGCUGAAAAAACAACAAGAAAAAUUCCAAGAUCAAAUUAAUUUCCUCAAAGAAAAAUCAGAUAUUUUGACAACGAACCUCCUAACGGAACAAACCAAUCAGAAAUUGGUACAAGAGGAAAAGGCUGAUGUCUUGGAGCAGAAUGCCACGCUACGUAAAGAUGUGGAACGUUUGAGAGCUCAUCUCUUGGAAAUCGAGGAUAUGCACACACAGGAGUCGGUAGAAAUGCAAAGAGAGUUGGAUGAAACCAAGGCCCGCAUGCAGGAGCUGGAAAUUGAAGUUUCGAAAUCCAGCAAUGCCUAUACAUCGGCAAGCAUUCGUGCCAAUCAGCAUGCCGAAACACUGCAGGCCCAAUAUGCCCUAGUUAUACAACAACGUGACGAAUUGCUACACAAGCUAUCACUGGCCGAAGAUCGUGAAUCGAAAAAUCAGGCUGCCUUAACGAAUUUGCAAUGUGCUUUGGAACAGUUUCAGAAUGACAAAGAAAACGACAUCAAAUCGGCCACGUUGCGUAUACGCAAAGAAUUACAACAGCAUUUGGACAAAGAAUCCCAACUACAAUUGGAAAUACAACAGCUGCAAGCCCAAUUGGCCGAUGCCACACAGGGCUUAAAUGCUGCUGCCCGUUUGUCCGAUCAAUUGGAAUCAUGUCAACAGACCAUACAGGCCUUAAGAGAGGAGGUGGAUACCCUAAAGCAACUGAAUGCUGGCUUGGAAAAGAAAUUAUCUUCGGCGGAAUCUAGUCAAUCGGAUAAGAUCGAAAAGUCACUCAUCAAGAGUUUACUUAUCGGCUAUGUGGUCAGUCAAAAUCCGAAUGAUAAGCAGCAGAUUUUGCGUAUGAUUUCCUCGGUACUGGAUUUCAAUCAGGGAGAAACCGAUAAGGUGGGACUUAAUAAACAACAAGGUGGAUGGUUGGGAUCCUUGUUGGGCGGUGGUGGUGGAGCAAGUGGAGGUGCGGCAGGUUCCCAUUCCAAAGACAACUUGGUACAGGCUUUUGUACAAUUUCUCGAACAGGAAUCUCAGCCACAAUCACAGCGUCAACAAAUGCCCAAUUUGCUUAAUAUACAACAUUCCUCAACGUCGGCGGCCACAACAUCAUCGCGGCGUUCAUCACAAAUUACCAAUCCUAUUUCACCGUCACAACAACAACAGCAGCAGGCAACGACGGCAUCUCAAUCAGCAUCACCUUCAACAGCAACUACUCACACACCCGUGCCCAUACAACCUUUGCUACUUACUUCAACGGUUUUAGAUGAAUUCUCACCCACACGAAAUUCAAGUUCCAUACUAAAGGACAUCUUGAGUGAUUCGUGAUUAUUGUAAUAGAAAUACUUAAAAUUAUUUUUACGUUUUCCUUUUGCCUUAUUAGUUUCCUUCUUUGAUUUAUAAUAAAGUUUUGUUUAUUAUUAGAUAUAUUUUCUUUUCAAAAAAAUGACCUUUUGAAUUUCAAUUAUUUUUUUUUUCCAAAAAGAAUCUUUAAAUGUAAAUCAUUAAAUGUAACUCCCUUACUGUGGAUAGUGCAAUUAUUUUGUGAACUUUUCCUUUUGAUAUUUCCUGUUCUUGAUAUUGACAAUUUAAUUUGUUAUUGUUUCAAAUAUGCAAAAACAAUUUUUGUUCCAUUUGUUUUGAAAAAAAAAUUGAUAAUUUCCUAUUAUUUUUGUAUAAUUUCCAAUUAUUUGCCAUUAGAUCCCCUUUGUACAUAGUGUUGUAACCGUGAUUAAUUAUGUUGAAAGACAAUUUUUCAUUAUUUGUUUUUUUUUUAUUUGAGGCAAACACCAUAGCUAUAUAAAUAUUGUAUACAAGAAGAAAAAAAUAAGAAAACAUCUACAUAUUUGUAAAUCCUUUAUCUGAUUUCUGAUAUAUAAUCCACUUCUAAAUAAACAAGAAAAAAAAAAAACAUAAUUUUAAGAAAA